GGUCGAGGACCGGGCCGCGGGGACACUAAAGCCCCGAAAUCAUCUCAAGAUAACCUCAAGGUGGGUGGCAGGGUUACCAACUGUACAAGUGUUGGGAGCCGGAGCGGGGUCCUCAUCAGCUCCAGUGACGGGUAUAUGGGUGAGCAAGAGGCAGAGUGCCGGCCAGCAACAGCGUCUCAACACACUGGUAUAACAGAUGUCUCGUGUGGUGCUGGUUCUGGCCCUAGUGGCUGUGGCUCGUGCAGAUGCUGAAGCAGACCCGGACUAUCCUGCUGCUCGACCCCCGACCAGCUACGGUGCACCCCCACCACCCAAAUAUGGCCCUCCUCCUGCCCCCAGCUAUGGCCCCCCUCCCGCUCCUAGCUACGGACCUCCUCCAGCUCCUAGCUACGGACCUCCCCCAGCUCCUAGCUAUGGACCUCCCCCUGCUCCUAGCUAUGGACCUCCCCCAAAGCCCAAAAACGUGUGCCCGAAAAAGUGCUACGACAAGACAGCGUACAGCACGGUCACUAAGGUAGCCAAGGAACACCACACCUCCUGGAUGACCCAAAACCAGUACAUCCCCACGACGCUCUACAAAUACAUGACGGAGACACUCUACUAUCCGACCACGGUCGUCCAGUACGAGUUCGUCACCCAACCUCUGCCUGACCAGGUCAUCUAUGAAACCAAGGUCGCAUACAACACGGCUAAGUUCACGGAGGCGCACGUUACCAAGGUUCAGGAGAUGAUGCCGGGCACUCACUACUACAUGAAAACCCUCACCGAGAGCCACUAUUGCACUAACACCAUCCAGGUCCCCUACUACGUGACGGUGACGGAACACGUGUACAAGACUGUGCAGGAACCUCACUACGUCACGGAGACGAAGGUGGAGCAAAACUACGUGACGGUGUCGGAGGACGAGCCUCACUACGUCACCAAGACCAACUACCAAACCAAACUGCAGCACAUGUAUGUUACGGUGACGGAGACCAAGCACGGCUACGUCACCAUCACCCACACCAAGACCGAGCCCCAUUACACCACCGUGUGUAACUAUGGUGGUGGUGGGUACUAGACUACCGCGUCUCUCACAUAUACAAAUGACUCGACGUCUACGGUUAACUAAACUUAAGCUUUAGAUAUUCCUCUUAGUUUUAAGUGAAAGUAUUUAUAGAAGUGAUAUCAAGAUAGGGCGGGCACCCUAUGUAUUUUUAUAUAUUUUAUAUGUUGACUGUAUUUAUUUCAGUCGUCCUGGCGACGGGCUUACAGCAGAUGUCUGGGCAAGACAGCUGCAUGAAAUGUUGUGUUAUGUGUUGUUACUAAGUUGAUUUCAGUGUGUGUGUGUCACUGUGUAGACUGUUUACACCACUGAUAUCAAAGAGAUUAUCUCACCUUAUAUCAAGAAAUAUUUACAUUUUAUAUAUAUAUAACUUACGUUACCUGUUAAUCCCACUUCAUGUAUCAUAUUAGCGUCCGAUGAUUCAACAUUUGCAUGUUUUGCACGCGCUCAAUAUUUUGUAAUAUAGUUUCCUGUACAUAUUGCCAUCUGUUGGCUAGGACGUGUUACAGUUUUAAGUUCACAAAUGUAGCUCUUAAGUUUGUUUUCAUCCUUGUGAUAUAUCCACACCGACAGUAAAAUCCCACCCAUUUUACCACUGUCCACACAGUAUGUUGUUACUUUCAGUAAUGUUUAUUACAAGUCUCUUCAGGAAUGUAUACCAUUGUUUAGCGAUUAGUGUCUUGUACAUUCCACACGACAAUAAAGUCGCUCAUUUUGUAACA